AUUCUUACUUCCUCGGCUUCAGAGAAACCCUAAACACUGCAGCAGCCGUCGGACCUCGCCACACAGAUCCGGAAAAUGACGACCCGAUUCAAGAAGAACCGCAAGAAGCGCGGCCACGUGAGCGCCGGCCACGGCCGCAUCGGGAAGCACCGGAAGCACCCCGGCGGAAGGGGAAACGCCGGCGGCUUGCACCACCACCGCAUCCUCUUCGACAAGUACCACCCGGGGUACUUCGGCAAGGUCGGCAUGCGCUACUUCCACAGGCUCCGCAACAAGUUCCACUGCCCCAUCGUCAACGUCGACAAGCUCUGGUCCUUGAUUCCCCAGGAGGUGAAAGACAAGGCUACCCCCGAGAACGCGCCGCUGAUCGACGUGACGCAGUUCGGGUACUUCAAGGUGCUUGGGAAAGGUGUGUUGCCUGGGUCUCAGCCGGUGGUGGUGAAGGCGAAGCUCGUGUCGAAGAAUGCGGAGAAGAAGAUUAAGGAGGCCGGGGGAGCCGUUUUGCUCACCGCUUAGUGUUAGAUUUGAAGUAAUUUUGGGUUUCAGAUUUGAGGUACUUUGGAUCUUGUUAUCUUAAUAUGAAUAUGAAUUUGAUUUUGGUUGAUUUUGGAUCUGCUGGUUGAGUUCAUUUUUCAUAUUGGAAAAUGCUAUCGGUGUGUUAUCUUCU